AUGACCACCCAGACAAUGGCCGCCAUGGGGAAAGCUGAGCUGGAGAUGCCGAGUGGCAUGAUGGAGAUGCUUUGCAAGCAUUUCUUUAAGCUUGAGGCUUAUGAGCCCCUCGGUGCAGAUGCUGAACAGGAAGCUUGGAUGAAGCAGCUGACCGACUGGGCCCUCGAGGUUUUUGGUGGUGCUGGCGAUUCCGACGAACGUCGGCCGUUCAAGGUGGAUAUGUCACACGCCGUCGCUGCUGCCCAGGCUGCGGGCACGAAGAUGAAUCCGUACGAGUGCCAGUUCAAGCUCUCCCCGGCCGUGGUGUCCGUGAACGAGGCACUGGCCUCGCUCCGUGCGGGCAAGGAGACAAUGGACUCUAUUGCCGAGAAGCGAGCAGCUGUGCAACAGCAGGGUGAGAAUAUGAUCCACCAGCUGAAAGCGAAGCUGGAGCAGGGCGAGAUCGCAGAGGAGGUGAUGAUCAGCAAAUCGCAGGUUGUGGUGCAGUGGCAGUCCAAGAAGGACUCGGAGCUGGACGUGGCUCUGGGAGACAUGGAGUCCGAGCUUUGCAUCAAGGUGGAGACCGCAUGCAACUUCAUUCUGGAUGCCUGGACAGCGAUUGCUGCACCUGCAAUCCAAUUGCAGGCCAUUCCGGAGAACGACGACGACAUCCUCAUGGAAUUGGAGAUGGGUCUUCAAGGUUUUUGCCCAGAGAAGGACCAGCUGAACUUUCAAUUAGCUAUGCCACCCCCCCGAGAGCAGCCGCAGAAGCCGUUGGAGCAGCAGUUGCAGACAGCUGCCUUGGCUGAGGACAAGCAGAACAACGGCCAGACGCAAUCGCAAACUGCGACCGAGGACAAGCAGAAGAACGACCAGACGCAAUCGCAGACGAACGGAUCGGCUCCAACCGAGGACAAGCAGAACAGCCAGCACAUGCAAUCGCAGACGGACGGAUCGGCUCCGGUGUCGACCGAGGACAAGCAGAGCAGCCAGCACACGCAAUCGCAGACGGACGGAUCGGCUUUGAUGGUGUCGACCAAGGACAAGCAGAACAGCCAGCAGACGCAAUCGCAGACGGACGGAUCGGCUAUGAUGGUGUCGACCGAGGACAAGCAGAACAGCCACCAGACGCAAUCGCAGACGGACGGAUCGGCCCAGGCUGAGACCUUGCAGCGAAAGUCGGGAGGAAAUGGUGCCGUGAACAAAGCGAUCGACGCUGGGCUCGUGGAUGAUGUGUUGAAGCACCCGGAAAAGUACAACGUCCAGGAUGCGACGCUGAAACGCAAGGAGGGUGAGUCGGAAGAGGAACACAUCUACAGAAUCGCACACAAUGUGUACAUGAAGUUCCACCGCAGCACCAAGAGUAGCAAGUGCCCUCCCGAAGUGAUCGCAGCCGUGCAGAAAACGAAGGGUGGCACGAAGUUGGAGGACCUGUUCCUCGACUACCUCCGGUCAUCCGGAGACUGGCUCCAAAGCACCCUAGUGCUGAAAGCCAAGUCCAAAACGUCACGCGAGUUGAAGCACGAAGAAUGCUACACUAUGUUUAAGGACCUCAAGAAGGUCCACGGGCCCAUAGUGGCGAAGAGUAUCAGGGACGAGAAGCGACAGCUUCAAGAGAAGCUGGAUGCCGAGCCAGAUCCGGCAACCCUGCCGUGGAUCCUUCCGCACCCGGACUUGCCGGGAUCCGAAGACUUAGCCAAGGAGGCCGAGGAGUACAAGAAGCUUCGCAAGUCGGGCAAGAACAGCUUCCCACAGCAGGUUAAGGCCAAGAGCAAGGUUGCCAACGACAAGCUGGAGGAGCUCAAGGGACUCAAGGACCAGCUUGCUUUGAAGCCGGCACACAUGUCGGAGCCUCUGAGGCUUGGCUACGACGCCGAGCUGGAUCGGCACGCCACAUCCUUGAAUGAAGCUGUGGAGAUUCUGAAGGUUGGUGGAUACCGCAUUAUGGACCCAGGACACGUGGGCUUCCUGGUUCGGGCUGUUUGGUUUGUCAAGACUUUCGGCUUUGAGGGCGACGAUCUGGCCGAGGACGCUGAGCAGCAGCAGGCUGCCCUGGAUGCCUUGAAUGAGAAGAUGAAGGCAUACCAGGAUGCUGCAUCCAUGAUAAGGAAGAAGCUAGCUCUGAGCUGUGGCUACGAGACCAUCCAGGCCUACAUGAAGCCUGUUGUCGCAUCACUGAAUGCAGCUAUGUACGGCUUCCUUCCAGACGGCAGCCGCUGGGACAGCACCAUGGUGUGCUUUGCAGGUUUCCUCUAUGUGAGGUUCGUGCGGAUUGGAAAUUCCAUAAAGAGCUCAUGCUACCUGCUGGGAACGGUUGGAUUCCACCACACGAUGCUCCGGUGGUGCAGCCUCCACAGCAUCAACCUGGGGGUUCUUGUUUGGACCGCCGGUGGAUGCCUGGAAAUGCUGCUAAGGGAGGGUCUAUGGCCUGGAGCUACCAAAGCCGAGAAACUGAAAGCUGCCUAUGCUGACCUGUGUCAAUGGACCCGACGACACAAGAUUGUGCACCCUAGGCACUCGCAACCACUGUUCAAGCCGAAGUACCUCCGUGGAAAGACUGGCGAGGUGGAGCUGGCAGCCAAGGCAUAUAACGUCCGGGUGAUCACCAGCUGGUUGGCUGACUUGGUUACAGAGCUCGUCCACGCUGACGAGAAUUAUCAGACAGAGGACUUCACUUUGUUGGGACAGUGUCUGUAUUUCGAGUCGCAGCUCAUGGGAGCUUUGGAAAGCAGCCCUCGCUACCUGGACACCUCCCAGGCUGAUCGCAUCGCCUACUGCACAGAUGCUGCUUUGGCCGGCUAUGGAUCUCUGGCUGCUAGAUGCACAUCGAAAGGACUGGGAUACUUUCCGAUGCGGCCGAAGUUGCACGCCACGCAGGAGUUGGCAUACUUCGCGACGCGGGAAAGCAUCGCAUCGCGAGCACAUUCGAGAGCUCUGGAAAGAUCAACGUUGCAACGGUACUACUUGUGGCUCGUUGCUGAUCACGAUGAGAGCGAUGACGAUAUGGUCGGGCACUGA